AUGACCCAGGUUCGUCUGAAGACUAACGGCUACCCCGUCAUGGGGGAAACCAACCCACUCCACAACAACGUCUACGGACCCAUGCAACCAGGCUUUGGCAUGCCCCCGCCCGAUUCCCACCAGGCCCCCAGAGGACCGUACCCGCCGACUGCCGGCAGGCUUUGUUCCUGCCCCAUGGCCUACCCCCAGAUGCCCUACCCCCAGAUGCCCUACCUCCAGAUCCCCUACCCCCAGAUGCCCUACCCCCAGAUGCCCUACCUCCAGAUGCCCAACCUCCAGAUGUCCUACCCCCAGAUGCCCUACCCACAGGGGCCAUACAAGGGACCUGGGCAGCCUGGUUUUCUUGGAGACCCCGCUGCGCCUGACAGCGACCCCGGUUACCAUGGCAACGACUCCAUCAACUCAACCUUUGAGUACAAGAGCAUCCGACGGGCCUUCAUCAGAAAAGUCUUCAUGGUUUUCACCGUGCAGCUGCUGGUCACCUCCGCCGUGGCCGUCUUCACCUUCGGGGUGGACCCCGAGCUUUUUGUGUGGAGCGACCAAUGGACGUACUCAGUCUACAUCUCCAACGUGGUCUUCCUGAUCUGUCUCAAUGUACUCAGCUGCUGCAGCUUUCUGCCGCAAGCACCCCUGGAACCUGGUGACCCUGGUGAAGAAAGAACAUCACCCAACAUCAAGCCUCUUUCACCGCCCAACUCCUUGUUCUCCUUCAGUCCAUUCUGACCCUGUGCCUGUCCUACAAG